CAGAUCUUACAGGUGAAUCUAGUGAUGUCCAUCCUGCUGUAUGUGAUGGUCCUCGUGUACCUCUAUGGUAUCCAGGCAACCAACAUGGACAGCAGUCGCCAGGGGCAACAGCAGCAGCCGAGUCCCGACCCCUUAAACUCUCUUAUCAUCCAGCUGCUCCAGGCGGACCUGACGAGGGGGAAGACCAGGGCGAACCAGAGCCAGCAGGGGAAGAGCAGGGAGGCAGAUCCCCAGGACACGCUGCCUCCUCUCCUCACUGCUAACUUCCCUGUAGAGGAGCAGGGCGAUGUGGAGCGGUGGGGGACGGGGGGUCGCAGCGGCGGGAGCAGCGACGGCUUGGUGGACCAGCAGGUGAUGCUGUUGAACUCGGACCUUCUCAGGCAGCACAAGCGGUACAACUCACCUCGGGUGCUGCUGAGCGACCGGCCUCCGCUGCAGCCGCCGCCGCUCUACCUCGCAGAUGAUUACGUGAGUGGCGGAUUGGACGGCGGGGCAUCGGGAAACAAGACACGGAAGAAGCGUUACGCUGAGCACAGGAGCUACCGUGGGGAAUAUUCUGUGUGUGACAGUGAGAGCCAGUGGGUGACGGAUAAAACCCAAGCGGUGGACACCAGGGGGGACCCCGUCACUGUUCUGGGCAAAAUUAAAACCAGUGCCACACAGGACAUCAAACAGUACUUUUAUGAGACGCGAUGUCGGACCCCCAGGCCCUUUAAAGGCGGCUGCAGGGGCAUCGAUGACAAGAACUGGAACUCGCAGUGCAAGACAACGCAGACGUACGUUCGUGCGCUGACGCAGGUUCGCAACUCAGUGGGCUGGAGGUGGAUACGCAUUGACACUUCGUGCGUCUGCGCGUUAUCGAGGAAACGUCACAGGACGUAAACAAAACCUUGCUGGUGACUACCUGUUUGGAAAAUCUACUUCCUGUAUAGGAUUUUAUUUCUACCCACCACAGGAUUAUGUGUCGUGGUGGUGAAGCAACACUAUAAAACUUCUACUGAAGAAAUCUCGGGUC